AUGCUCACACGGACCUCUUUAGUGCGUCCUUGGCGCCUGUUCUUCCCUUCCCGCCGUGGGGGGGAUAUGCAUCGGAUGUUGGAGGUUCAUUUCUGGGGGCUCACUCAUUAUCGCAUUCUCCCGCGUUUUCUCGGGCUCGAUGCGGCGGGAAACGUUCUGUUUUUCCCUGCUUAUCGCAAGCGGGGGUUUGGCGGGUGGACGGCCGCCACCCUCGGCGCCCCUGGGGGUUUUUUAAGCGCCGAUACAACCUCAGCGAACGUCCUCGAGGAUGGCUAUCCGAUGCACCACAAGGCAAGUCGAAAGCUGCAGGAAUUCCUCGCGCAGGAGCGACGACGAUGGAAGGAAGCCGAGGACGCCCUGGCGGAAAAAUCCACGGAUUCUGCCAAUCCCACCACCACCAGUAACGCCCUCCCCGACGAGGAACGCGUGGAAAUUCGCGGGAAUUACGACAGCGAGCAGAAGUUUCGCGAUCUGAUGACGGUGAAGCUCUCGAACCCUCGUUUCUACAACCGCGUUCUCCGCAUCAACCCCUUCGUGACCUUUGCGUACAAGGCGUUUUACUUCUACGCCUGGGCGGUGGUGAUCUCGCUGGUGGUGCAGGGGUAUUUGAUGUUUCGCGCGUGGGUGAACCCCCCGGCGCGGGAAGGGUUGAAAAACCUCGAGGCGCAUGUCUUUCACCUCCCGCGGUUAAUUUUCGCGGGGUGCGUGAGUGGAAUCGCGUGGGUGGUGCGUGGGGCGCAGCCGGUGAUCGAUCCCGUCGUGGAAUUUCUCGCGCGGUGGUUUCCCCGGGUGGAUUGGAAUGCGGCCUCGGCGGAGCGCCUCGCGACGCGUGCGGAAACCCUCGCGAGCGACGCCCACCCGGGCUCGACGCUGCGGCGCGCGCAGGAGCGCGAACGCGAGCGCCUCGCGGAGCAGCAGCGUCGUGUGUGGUGGACGCGGGUGUUGGUCGUGCUGCUGAUGAUCUUCUCGGUGUUGUGUGUGUUGUAG